CAGCUUUAGCAUUAGCCCCCUCCUCCCUCCGCUCCGUCAUCAUAUCCACGUAACUGCUCCGCUCUGAUGGAAGCUGCAGCGAACCCACCCCCAGGUUUCUCCUCCUCCAGAGCCUCCAUACCGACUCUGUAGAUAUGACGUUAAAGUGCAGUAAGAACGAGCCUGCCGUCACUCUGGAGCGGGUGAGCAGCGUCCGCACGGCUCUCUCGGACCUCUACCUGGAGCAGCUGCUGCAGAACAAGCCCAAGGCUGACAAGGCGGCUAUGCAGACAUUUGAAGGGAAGGAUCAGGAGGUAUACACCAACGGCAGUGCUGGACACAUGAACGGUAAAGAAGUGAUCAAGAUGCGUGAAGUGGCCUUCGAGAAGAACCCAUCAGAACCAAUGGGUGUCACUCUGAAACUGAAUGAAAAGCAGAAAUGUACGGUGGCAAGAAUAUUACACGGAGGAAUGAUCCACAGACAAGGCUCCUUACAUGAAGGGGAUGAAAUUGCAGAGAUUAAUGGUAAAAGUGUUGCUAAUCAGAGUGUGGACCAGCUGCAGAAGAUUCUGAAAGACACAAAUGGCAUUGUCACAUUGAAAGUCAUCCCCAACCAGCGAAAUCGCUUAAUGGUUUGUGAGACAUACAUGAGGGCUCAGUUCGACUACGACCCCGCCAAGGAUGACCUCAUCCCAUGCAAAGAGGCAGGCCUUAAAUUCCAAACGGGUGACAUCAUUCAGAUCAUCAAUAAAGGCGACCCAAACUGGUGGCAGGGCAGGGUGGACAGUUCAGCCAAAGACUUUGCAGGUCUUCUGCCUUCCCCAGAACUUCAGGAAUGGCGUGCAGCCAGUAAAAGCAAAAAGACAGGUGAAGCCAGUCAGUCAUGCAGUCCUUUUGGCAAAAAGAAGAAAUGCAAAGACAAGUACUUGGCCAAGCACAGCUCCAUCUUUGAUCAGCUUGAUGUCAUUUCUUACGAAGAAGUCGUGCAGCUCCCUGCAUUCAACAGAAAAACACUGGUACUCAUCGGUGCACCAGGUGUUGGAAGGAGUCAUAUAAAAAGUUCGCUGCUAACCAAAUACCCUGAAAAGUUUGCCUACCCAGCACCCCACACUACCAGACCUCCCAAGAAAGAUGAAGAGAGCGGUCAGGAAUAUUACUUCGUCUCCAAUGAUGAGAUGACCAAAUGCAUCGUGGGGAAUGAGUUCUUGGAGUAUGGCAGUUUCCAGGGCAACAUGUUCGGCACCAAGAUCGAGACCAUCCUGAAGAUACACGAGCAGGGCAAGAUCGCACUUCUAGAUGUAGAACCUCAGACUCUAAAACUCCUCAGGACAGCAGAUUUUGCUCCACUAGUUGUGUUCAUAGGUCCAACCAACACUGGGAACCAGUCCGAGGCCCUGCAAGCAAUCCAGAAGGAAUCGGAGGCCAUCCACAGCACAUAUCGCCACUUCUUCGACUUGACACUGGUGAACAACGACGUGGACGAGAGUGUGAAGGGCGUGGAGGAAGCCUUAGAGAGAGCAUCCUCUAGCCCACAAUGGGUCCCUGUGUCCUGGGUCUACUGACAUCCCCACCCUACUUCACCAAAUCCCUCCCCUAAAGAAAAAAAAAAAACCUUGCCGUAUUAAAGCAGGUGCAAUACCAAAUCACAAGACUAAAGCUGAGUCUGAGCGGCUGUCUCAGCAUCUCCAGGCUGCUCGCACUGGAUGAACCCAAGUGUUUGCAAGGAUGUUUGUUUUUUAAAAGCAAUAAGUUAGAUAUUUUCUUUUAUCAGAUGUGAAUGAGUAUAGAUUUUAACCCUUUAUUUACGACACAGUUUAUUAAGAGCAGUGCACUAUCGACAAGUGCCAGCAGAUAUCAGGCAGAAUGUGUUGGUUAAGUAUGUGAUGCAAAAAAGGACCACUACUGUGAAACACCGCUCGGGAAUGAAAAGGUCUGGUCUUUUUAGUUGACCUUGGCUUUUGGUUUUAUACUGUAUGUAACAGGAAGUGCUGCUCCUACUGUCUGUAUGUGCUGUAUUAAAACAGGGAAAUCAUGUGAACUGAAUCAUGUGAGUUGAACUUUCUCAGUGUUUUAUGAUGUAGCUCAUAAAAGUAUGGCACUUUUGGAGUGAACUGAAUAAACAUCUCCCACCAAUGGUAA